GCACGCUUUGUUACACUGAAUAAUAUAUUUUCUCCAGCCACUGGUGCACACACACACAUACACACACAAAAGAAGAAAGGGAUAAUACACUAGUAUGCAACAAAUAAAGUUAGUGGGUAGACCAGAAUAGAGAUAUUAAUCCUAAUGGUUCUUUUUACUCUAUCUGGCUAAAAGGUAAUACUAAAGAUUGUGAGCCAAACAUAAAUAUAUACAAAUAUCAGUUGGUUAACUUGACGAAUAGAGUCACCAUUAGCACAACAUUGUGCUUGAUAUUUAACUAUUCAUCCAUCUAUUCCUAUAUGAGUUGUGCUCAUUAAAACAGUAUAUUCACUGUUAAAUGUCCAAUGUAUCGCAUUACUUAUCAAUCAGUUAGGACAUUUAUCUUUUUAUUAUGUAUACUACACUAUAUUCAGAGUGAACGUGUUCGAAGGUUGAAACGUCAAGCUGAAGAUGCUCCGAGUUCUGGAACAAAAGGUCCAGCACCGUUUGGCGUGACAACUUAUCGAGUUGGGGCAAUGGGAGUUCAAGGAGAACGUGGACCUCCAGGGCCACCUGGUCCAGAUGGUCCAACUGGUCCAAUGGGUUCAGCAGGACCACCGGGAAAACCUGGAGGGCCAGGAAUUCCAGGACCCAUUGGAUUACCUGGACCUCCAGGAACUGAUGGUAAACCUGGUCGAGAUGGAGAAGCUGGAAACCCAGGUCCUUCGGGAGAAGUUGGUCCUCCAGGUCCCUCAGGACCCACAGGACCACCUGGAGUGAAAGGACCAGCUGGAGUGAAAGGCAAAAAGGGUGAAAGAGGUGAUCCAGGAAGAGACGGGUCUGAAGGUCUUCGUGGAGAUGUUGGUGCUCCUGGACUGAUAGGACGCACGGGAGCCCGAGGUGGUAUUGGACCUGCUGGUCCACCAGGAGCACCUGGUCAAGCUGGCCCAGCUGGAGCAGAUGGUCUUCCAGGAGUUCAAGGUCCACCAGGCCCACAGGGUCUGCCAGGAGAACCAGGUGCAAUCGGCCCGACUGGUGAUCGUGGCGAAGUUGGUGAAGUUGGAAUACGUGGAGGAGUCGGUGAACCUGGUAAAGCUGGACUUGAUGGAAAGCCAGGUAGACCUGGAGAACAAGGCAUUCAAGGUCCACCUGGAAAAGAUGGUAUACAAGGUCAAAAAGGUGAUAUAGGUUUCCGAGGGCCACUUGGACCAGAAGGUAUGCCAGGUCCUCGAGGAGCACCCGGAACAUCUGGUUCACCCGGAGAGCAAGGAACCAAGGGAUCUGUUGGUGUUUCUGGGCCACCAGGAAAUCGUGGACCUCAAGGAAAUUCGGGCCCACCAGGUGUUAUAGGUCCUCGUGGCUUGCCAGGGCCCGUUGGAGAAAUUGGAAAGCCUGGCAUUCCUGGUUCUCAGGGUUCACCCGGUGCGAAAGGAUCAGCCGGAGCAGCUGGUUCCCCUGGUGCUCCCGGUAGACCAGGUAUUGAUGGCAGGCCGGGUGUCCCAGGACCUCCAGGGAAAAGUGGUCCAAUGGGAAAAUCUGGACCAAGAGGAGAACCAGGUCAAGCUGGACAAGAUGGAAAGCCGGGAAGAACUGGCCCUCCUGGACCACCUGGAGAAAACGGUAAAGAUGGUAUUCCUGGGGCUUCUGGCCCUCCUGGACCAAGAGGUUCACCAGGUAAAGCUGGCUCAAGUGGACAUCCAGGAACGGUAGGAUCAAGUGGACCUCCAGGACCACAAGGUGAAAUUGGACAACCAGGUCCUCAAGGUGAACGAGGUCUGCCUGGGUCAAUUGGUCCAGCUGGCCCGAAAGGAGAAAAAGGAGAAAAAGGUCCAGUAGGAGAACCAGGUGCACUUGGUGAUGCUGGCCCACCGGGACCUCAAGGGAAACAAGGACCGAUUGGUGAGAAGGGAUUUGAAGGUUUGGUUGGAAAUGUGGGUUCACCAGGUUUACGAGGACCACGAGGUGAUUCUGGACCACCUGGUGAGCCAGGAAAAGACGGAACGCCAGGAACAGAUGCUCCGGAUGGUGAAGUUGGUGCACCUGGUCCAGAGGGACCACAAGGACCAGUAGGACCCGUAGGUCCUCCAGGACCUCAGGGUUUACCAGGUACAAAAGGAGAAACUGGUAGCAUAGGACCGAUUGGAAUACCUGGACGUAUGGGAGUAAUGGGAAUACCUGGUGCUCCAGGACCAUCUGGACCAACCGGGCCACCAGGUUUCAAAGGUGAUCGGGGUAUUUCUGGAGUGCACGGUACACCAGGAAAAGAUGGACAGCCUGGAAGUCCUGGACCUGUUGGUGCUAGAGGUCCACCGGGUGCUAUUCAAAUGGGUGGAAGAUCAGCAGGAAUUGUGGGGCCACCUGGACCGAUUGGAGAUGCUGGAGCACCUGGGGAGGCUGGAAUUCCUGGAUUAGCUGGGCAGCCAGGUCCGGCAGGCCUUCCAGGUCCAAGUGGGACACCUGGAAAACGUGGGCCAACUGGUUCUGCUGGACCACCAGGAAGUCCAGGUCAGAAUGGUCGCGCAGGAAUGCGAGGUCGGGCAGGUAGUCCAGGUCAACUCGGCGGGCAAGGCCCUCCUGGAGUGCAAGGUCCUGCUGGUGCCCCUGGCGUCAGGGGACCACAAGGCCCUCGUGGUCUUCCUGGUCGUCAGGGUACGCAAGGUUCCCCAGGAAAGGCUGGGCUGAGUGGUCCACAAGGUGAAACUGGCUUACCAGGAAAACCGGGGAAACAAGGUCCAACAGGAUCACCUGGACCGGCUGGAAAGGAUGGUGACCCUGGAGAACCCGGUCCCCCUGGAGCAAUUGGUGAACCUGGAGAUACUGGCGGUCCAGGAGCUCCUGGAAGAGAUGGGUCGAUUGGAAUGAUUGGUAUGCGUGGCUCUUCAGGAGGACCUGGACCGAGAGGACCACCUGGCCCACUAGGCCUAAGCGGCCCACAAGGAGCAGCUGGACCAAGCGGCCCACAAGGUGCUGAAGGACCAAGAGGUUCAAAGGGCGUAAAAGGACCACCUGGAUCGGAAGGACUUGAGGGACCACCUGGGGAAGAUGGUGGACAAGGCCCUGAAGGAUUAGCUGGACCAGUUGGUGAACCCGGGCUUGAUGGGCCCAGAGGUCAACGAGGUGCUCCGGGUCCCACAGGCCCAGUUGGAGAAGUAGGACCACCUGGUCAAGAUGGUCGUCCUGGACCACAAGGAGAACGUGGUGUUUCUGGAAAGCCUGGCCUUCCGGGACCACCGGGAGCAAAGGGAGUUGAAGGAGAAAUUGGUGCAGAUGGACAAGAUGGGUCCAGUGGUCUUCCUGGAAGUCCAGGUGGUAGAGGUCACCCAGGAUGGUCAGGACCCCCAGGUCCACCAGGUCCUCCCGGCCCUGAUGGUGUACGUGGCGACCCUGGUGAAAUUGGUUAUCCUGGAAAUCCAGGACCGGCAGGUGAAAGUGGGCCUAUUGGUGAGAGUGGAGCUAAAGGCCCUAAAGGACAAAGGGGAGAAACUGGACUACCUGGUCCACCAGGACCAUCAGGUCGUGAUGGAUCCUCCGGACCUCCUGGACCAAUGGGACCCCCAGGGCCUCCUGGGCCACCUGGAAUGCCAUCUGUACAACUACCAAUAACCAGUCGAAACACAAAGGCAGGAAAUAUUUAUGCUGAUGAUCCAUUGGCAGGAAAAAUUAUGGGAACAUAUGAACCUCCAAGACCCAGAGGAACAAAAUCUUCUCCAGCAGUAACUUGUAAACAGCUGGGAGAAUACAAUAAAAAUCUACCGGAUGGUUAUUAUUGGAUUGAUCCAAAUGGACAUGAGAUUAAUGAUGCCGUACAAGUCUACUGUAAAUUUAAGACAAGUGAAACAUGUAUUCGAUCAAAACAGGAAGCACUAGACAUCAAUUAUCCAGAAGACUUGAAUUCAACUGAAGCAGAAAGUAGCUUAGAUGGUCAGUUUUAUGAAUUUACGUAUGAAAUGGAAGGAAACCAACUGGAGUUUCUAAAGCGUCAUAGUAUCACUGGGACACAACAAAUCUAUGAAGAUUGUUCCAAAUCAACUGGAAGAUUAAAAACUGUUGAGCUAAUUACACAAGCUAUUACAUUAUAUACGGACAGUGGAAGUGAACUAUCUUAUGAUCAUCCUCAUCUUGGAUAUGAGCUUAUUCAGAAUAGAUGUCAUACUGAACCAGAAGUGAAAAAUACAGCUUUUCUAAUCAAAGGAUCAACAAUUCGAUUUCCAAUACGUGGUAUUCAACUACAUAAUAAUCCAACAGUAUCAUUCAGUUCAAUUCAGAUAGGCGAUGUAUGCUUUCAGUAGAUAAAAAAAAACCUUGAUGAGUAUGAUGACAAUAAUAAUAACAACAAUAAUAAAAGAUACGAAUAAUUCAGAAUCUUUUUAGCUAUUAGGCUGUAUGUUUGUAUUUAUUGUGACUGACUUGGCUAAUAUCGAUUCACUUUUUCCCCGUCAACUUCUUCUGUUUUCUCUUCGGACAAAUUAUCUAUCUGUCUCCUCUUGUAUUCAAAUUUUUGACUAUUAAAGGAUUUGACGAUAAAAAAAAAACAAGUGCCUGAAUGAAAUUUUGAAACAAAAACUGAAAUAAUAAUAAAACAAAUUAUAAAUUACCAAGUGGAUUUUGAUGAUAUGAAAUGAAUUAUCCAAAAAUUUUCAGAAAUAAUGAAAAAAACAUUUGCUAUUUGAUUUACGUUUAUACUACUUAUAAGUAGAUAGAUCA